AUGGGGGAAUCCGAAGUGAAAGUGGACUUGGUUGCCGGUUCAGCGAAUGGCACAACACCUAGCAACCUUGAGUCUGGUGGGCAAGAGCAAGUAUGGUCCGGGCCUCACGAUCCGGAACGUCCAAAAAACUGGCCUCGCUCGAAGAAAUGGACAGCGACCUUGAUUCUUUCUGGGUUUGCAUUCCUCCAGCCUCUCUCGGAAACCAUGCUCUCGCCGGUUGAGAGGCAGAUUUCACACAGCCUACAUAUCGAAGAUGCCUACGAUUGGCUGCUAAUCAAUUCGUUGAUUCUCAUUGGAGUUGGUUUGUCAUCGCUCAUCCUAGCACCUCUCUCUGAAGUGUACGGUCGCAAGCCCAUCCUUCUCGCUGGUAGUACCAUCUUUAUCAUCUGGAACACUGGGUGUGGAGCAGCCAGAACUCUAGAUCAGAUGUUGGCCUUCCGUCUUCUCUCGGGUUUCGGGGUGUGUGUUGGGGAUGCCAUUGCUGGCGGAGUCCUUGGCGACUUAUGGAGAGCAGAAGAGCGAGGGAAAGCGUUUGCUCUCUUCAUGGCAGCUCCACUACUUGGCCCGGCUCUAGGUCCCAUAUGCGGAGCUUUUAUCUCAGAAGGGAUGGACUGGCGGUGGGUAUUCUGGAUCACUUCAAUCGCUUCUGGUGCGGUGAUUCUGGUCGCCUUCUUCUUCUUGAAAGAGAUGUACGAGCCUCGAUUAGAAUACACGCAGAGGAAAAUAUUGAGGGGUAAAGAUUCAAGCAGCGGGAAGACGGGUGAUGAGAACAAGCCCUUCCUGGGACUCAUGCGGACGAAUAUCCAACGGCCACUUCGAAUGCUAGGCACCCAACUCAUUGUCCAGCUCCUCGCAGCCUACAUGGCUCUGCUUUAUGGCACAAUGUUCUUAUUUCUGUUUCUCUAUCCCCGAAUGUGGUCACAGCAAUACGGGCAAGGCAUACGGAUUGGGAGCCUGAACUACCUCUCAGUCGCCAUUGGGCUUAUAUGUGGCGUGAUGGUCGCUGGUCACCUCAACGAUUACAUCUUCACGAGCCUGAAAUCCCGGAAUAACAACGUCGGCCGCCCUGAGUUCCGGGUCCCAGCCAUGAUUAUCGGAACUUUUCUCGUUCCAGUUGGUCUUGUAUGGUGGGGGUGGGCUGGACAGGCGAAGGUCCAUUGGAUCGUACCCAACAUCGGAAGUCUCAUAUUCACCAUGGGCGUUUACGUGUGCUCCGGGUCUGUGUCGGUCUACACUAUUGAUACAUACACUCAGUAUGCUGCGUCAGCUAUCUCGACAAACCUAGUGCUACGAAGUUUGACGGCGGCAUUCUUCCCUCUCUUUGCACCAUACAUGUUUAACAGCCUCGGGUUUGGAUGGGGUGCUACUGUUCUAGCAGGAGCGUUUCUGGUAUUCGGAUCCACGGCAGUAUUUAUUCUCUGGUUCUACGGCGCGAGGAUUCGGGCAAAGAGUCCUUAUUGCGCUGCGGGAGACGAGAAGGGAUAA